AUUCAAAAUGGUAACUCUAAUGUUAUGCUUACCUUGAUAGAGAAUGGUGCUAAUGUUAAUGCUACAGAUGUUAUAGGAUAUACGCCAAUUCAUAUAGCUGCUGAAUUUGGGCAUGAAAAUUGUAUCAGUGAUUUAGUUGCUAAUGGUGCAGAUGUUAACACAAAAACUCCUUCAGGUUGGACUCCUUUACAUGUUACUGCUCAUCAAGGACACGCUAAUGUUGUUAGCACAUUAAUGAAAAUGGAGAAUAUUGAUGUAAAUCCUAAGACUCAAGGAGGUUUUACACCAUUACAUGUUGCUGCUUCUGCUGGUAAAAACGUUGUCGUUGAUAUUUUAUCCAAGGAUAAUAGAACUAUUAUUGAUAGUAAGUCUGAAGCACAAUUAACGCCUUUACAUCUAGCAUCAACUGCUGGGU